GAUAAUCCCUAAAACCCCCCCUUCCCCACCUCCCGUUCUUUUCCCACCUUUCACUUGAGCUUUCAAAUUCGCAUACCUCCAAAAUCUCCUUAAUAAAUUUGCACUCUCCCACAGUCUCACAGCAAAACCAAAUGGAAAGGGAAAACGAAAACGAAAACGAAAUCGAAUCCAAUGCUUCAGCUGUCCAAGUAAAAGGCGUUCCAAUCCAUGGCGGAAAAUUCAUUCAGUACAACGUCCUCGGCAACCUCUUCGAGGUCCCUUCCAAAUACGCACCGCCGAUUACUCCCGUUGGCCGCGGCGCUUACGGUCUCGUUUGCUCUGCUACCAAUGCCGAGACGAUGGAGGAGGUGGCGAUUAAGAGAAUCGCGAAUGCUUUCGAUAACAGGAUUGAUGCAAAGCGGACUCUGCGCGAGAUCAAGCUGCUUACACACAUGGAUCAUGAAAAUGUUAUCAAAAUUAAGGAUAUUAUUCGCCCACCAGAUAAAGCGGAUUUUAAUGAUGUCUACAUUGCUUAUGAGUUAAUGGAUACUGAUCUGCACCAGAUAAUAUGCUCGACGCAGGAACUAACUGAGGAUCACUGCCAAUAUUUCCUUUAUCAGUUACUGCGGGGGCUUAAAUAUGUACAUUCUGCUGGUGUUCUCCACCGAGAUCUCAAGCCCAGCAAUUUACUCCUGGAUUCUAACUGUGAUCUCAAGAUUUGUGACUUUGGACUUGCAAGAACCAGCACAGAGACAGAUUUAAUGACCGAGUAUGUUGUAACCCGAUGGUAUCGAGCUCCUGAAUUAUUACUCAACUGUUCCGAGUACACUGCAGCAAUAGAUAUGUGGUCAGUUGGUUGCAUAUUGAUGGAGAUCAUUAAAAGAGAACCUCUUUUUCCGGGUAAAGACUACAUCCAACAGUUGGGGCUGAUAACUGAGCUAUUGGGUUCCCCUGAAGAUUCUGAUCUUGGAUUUUUAAGGAGUGAGAAUGCUCAAAGGUACAUCAAGCAGCUUCCUCAUGUACCCAAGCAACCCUUUUCUCAGAAGUUUCCAGGUGUAUCCCCUGUCGCGAUAGAUCUUGCAGGGAGGAUGCUCGUAUUUGAUCCAGCUAUACGUAUUUCUGUUGAGGAAGCACUGAAUCAUCCAUUUUUAUCAAGUCUCCAUGAGAUCAACGAGGAGCCUACUUGCCCUUCUCCCUUUGUGUUCGAUUUUGAACAAUCCUCUUUAAGUGAAGAGGACAUAAAGGAGCUAAUAUUGGUGGAGUCUCUCAAGUUCAACCCAGAAUAGUCACGACAUCUGUUUUCCUUGGUUUUUAUGGCUUCUUGUUUGUCUUGGUUUAGUGUAGAUAGGAGAUUUGCAUCUGCAUCCGACCCGCAUCCAACCUGCACCCAACCCGAAAUUAUCGGGUUCUUAAUGGGUCAACCUGAUAAGGACACGGACCCAAUAAGACUUGACCCCAAUCCAAUAAUUUCUUGCGGAUUCGUGUCGGAUUAUCGUAUCGUAUCAAAAUUUGUCAGCCCUAUGUUAAGUGUGUUUAUGGUUUUGUAUAAGAUGUAUUCCUAUAUCUGUGUUCAGAAAAUAUCGGAUGUCGGGAAGGGGAACUCCAACAAUCUUGUAAGGGAAAAUCGAAAGAAUUGUUCGUCUUGUAAUUGAUUUUGCUGUUUGUUGUUUGCUGAGUAUCAUAAUGAAAAUUGUUGGUCACUCA